AAAGCACGCCCAGUCCCGUAACGUUUUAUCACGCGCGAAUUUUAUCAGUCGCCGUUUGUAGCGCGUCGCGUUCGGACUGUUCGAUCACGUUCGCAACACCAUCGCAGGGAUUGUGUGUGCGUGUGUGUGUGUGUGUUUUUGUGUGUCAGUGGCCUACGUAGAUUACAAAGUGUUGGAUGAACCCAAACAGUGUUGUUGGUGCGAGAAAUCUCCAAAAUGGCGAACGAACGAUUUGGACAUAUAUAAGUGCCAACGAAAACACACCUUCAACAACACCAGCUAAGAAUAGCCACAGUCCCUGACAAAACAAAUAACUGAUCAGCUGGUUUUAUCGGCUGCUGCAAAAUAUACAGUGUCACAAGAACCCAAAAACCUACCACUGGCGUUGCGGCAAAACUAGGGACUUUAAACAGACACAAAGUGAUACUGAUGUGUGAUGUGUGUUUUCAAAAAUAUCUAAAAUAGUGAGUUACAAAAAAAGGAACAGGGAAACCCCAUCCUAAAAUUAAACCGAAAGCAUACCGUCGCGAUGGCAACCACCCGACGUCAUCGGACUCCACCUGACAGCUUAUCAACUUCUGCCCGGUUCGUGUUGAGCUCAGCACUAUCGCACGUACGGAUUACCACCAGAGGCAGCAGCAUCUUCAGCAGCCGCAACCGUCGGCUCGCCCUAGUUCCUGCGGCGGUUGUUGUUGUUUUAACGCUGCUCACCAUCCCGCCCUUUACUAACGCACAGCUCCCGCUCAGCCUGCAGAAUCUCGUCGUAGAGAACGUUGCCAUCGAGGAGUGUGCCAGCCCGGCCCGGUCAGCCACCCACUCCUCGCAGCCACACGCCCCACACUCCUCAUCCUCUUCAUCGAGCAAUACGGCCAACCUUCACAGCAACCGUCCAGCAUGCGUGUUUACGCCGCCGAACCGAACCGUCUGCUACCGGGGGUUCGAAACGAAACGCUUCCAGGCGGGCGGUCGGUUCAACCUUACCCGCCGGCUGGUGCUGUGCGAUUGGCCACUGAAAUCGUUCGAUCCGCUCGUGCUCGCCCGGCUAGUGCCGCGGAUCGAACGGCUCGCCAUCACCGGCCGUCUACUACAGCGGUUGGCGCACGAUUUCCCGCCCCUGCCGUACCUGCGCAUGGUCAACAUAACCGGCACACGGUUGAACCACACCGGGGUGAACGCGUUCUACGAGCUCGAGCGGCUGCAGGUGCUGAACCUACGGGGGAACGAGCUGGAACAGAUACAACCGUACCGCUUCCGGAGCGGCCACGUGGAGGUCUAUCUGCAGGGUAAUUUGUGGAACUGUACCAACGACAUGAUCUGGUUGCUGAAAGAACAGUCGCGCCAGUACGUCGACAAACCGACGCUGGUGUGCAAGGACUGGAAGUACACCGGCCGGCCCGUCCUUACCGCCAUGGAGUACAAGCGGGUCGUGCGGGAGAGUUGCCUGCACGAAGAGAUCUGGAACUGCAGCUGCCACGUGUCCUACCUGCGGCUCAGCGACAACGGCCUAUCCUUCCAUCCGAUGAUCAUGGUGAACUGUAGCGACCGCGGCUUCUACCAGCUGCCCCAGUACCUGCCCGGCAACACGACCGUGCUGCAUAUGGCGCGCAACAAGCUCCAGUCGGUGGACAGUUUGACGACGAACGAACACUACCAGAGCGUGCAGGACAUCUAUCUGGACGAGAACCGGAUCACCUCGAUCGACAUCCUCGAGGACACGAUAUGGUUGGACAACUUCCGCAUCCUCAGUCUGCGGGGCAACCGGAUGAAUCGGAUACGCGUGUACAGUGUGGAGCACGCGAUAGAGCGCAAUCCGGGCGUGGGGAAGGUGUACCUGUCGAACAAUCCGUGGCGGUGCGGGUGUCGCUUUGCGAUCCGGUUUCAGCGCUUUCUGCGCAAGCACGAAUCGCUCGUGGCCGACUCGCGCAACAUUACCUGCUACUUUAUCAACGACGACGACGGUCGGAAGCAGUAUUUGCCCGUGCUGACGGUCACGCCGAACGAUAUCUGCCGACCGUCGGAGCACAAUACGGCCGCGUUUUACAACACGCUCAGCAUCAUCUUCGCGACGUUGAUCAUACUGAUAUUCACCAAGCUGGCGUACGAUUACUAUCACUACCGAAAGUAUGGGAAGCUGCCUUGGUUAAUUAUGAAGAUGCCCUGACCGGUGGCGUUGUAAGUACCGGUGGCGGCGAAACGGGCACACAGUACUUAAUGGGUGGAUUUAGGCAGUAACAAAAAAAAACUCAAAGAAUGAUUGUGAUAGUUUUAAAAACCGAUCCAAAGGUGUUAUACAUCUCGAAAAACGAAAAAAAAAUACGCGCAUUAUACACACACACACACACACACACACACACACACACACAC